UGUUGGUUGGGGCAGAGCUAGGUUGAUGAUGUGUAAGGAGGCUUAGGUGGAACCCUUACUUCCUGCUGCACUCCAUUGGUUUAUCUCGAUUCUUUGUACUGCUGUCCAAUCACGUUUUUGUGAAAGGGUAAACUCUAUUCUAUAGUCUAUCCUUUUUUCCCAUACCUCCUGCUGCUCAUGCUGUGUACUCUGUUACCUCUGGUCUGAUCUUGCUAGAAGAUGAUCCAUAGCCUUUUCUUGAUCAAUGGCUCUGGUGACAUAUUCCUGGAGAAACACUGGAAGAGUGUGGUGAGCCGUUCAGUCUGCGACUACUUCUUUGAAGCCCAGGAGAAAGCAGGGGAUGUUGAAAAUGUUCCUCCUGUUAUCCCCACACCACAUCACUACCUUAUUAGUAUCUACAGGGAUAAAAUAUUCUUUGUGUCGGUAAUCCAAUCUGAAGUGACUCCUCUUUUUGUAAUUGAGUUUCUCCACCGAGUUGCCGACACUUUCCAGGAUUACUUUGGUGAAUGCUCUGAAACAUACCUCAAGGAUAAUGUCGUGGUAGUGUAUGAGUUAUUGGAGGAAAUGCUGGACAAUGGAUUCCCUCUGGCUACGGAGUCGAACAUCCUCAAGGAGCUGAUUAAACCACCAACAAUCCUGCGAUCUAUGGUCAAUUCCCUCACAGGGAGCAAUAACAUGGGAGAAACACUACCCACAGGACAACUCUCCAACAUUCCCUGGAGGAGGGCAGGAGUCAAAUAUACUAACAAUGAGGCAUAUUUUGAUGUCAUUGAGGAAGUGGAUGCCAUUAUUGACAAAUCAGGUUCCACAGUGUUUGCAGAAAUCCAAGGAGUGGUGGAGUCUUGUGUCAAGCUAACUGGGAUGCCCGACCUUACUCUCUCUUUCAUGAACCCCCGGCUCCUGGAUGAUGUUAGCUUCCACCCCUGUGUCCGAUACAAGCGCUGGGAAUCAGAGCGGGUUCUGUCUUUCAUUCCCCCUGAUGGCAACUUCCGGCUGAUGUCCUAUCGUGUCAGCUCACAGAAUUUGGUGGCAAUUCCAGUAUACGUGAAGCACAACAUUAGCUUCCAAGAUAAUAGCUCGAGUGGAAGAUUCGAUGUGACUGUAGGCCCUAAGCAGAAUAUGGGAAAGACCGUAGAGGCCAUUGUCCUCACUGUGCACAUGCCGAAAGUAGUGCUCAACAUGAACCUCGUGCCAACGCAAGGGACGUAUACAUUUGAUCCAGUUACUAAGGUGCUGAACUGGGAUAUUGGCAAGAUCCUCCCACAAAAGCUCCCAAACCUUAAAGGAAUAGUCUCCUUGCAAUCCGGUGUUCCCAAACCAGAAGAAAAUCCCAGCCUCAACAUUAACUUCAAGAUUCAGCAGUUUGCAAUAUCAGGACUGAAGGUGAAUCGCUUGGAUAUGUACGGGGAGAGAUACAAACCUUUCAAGGGAGUUAAGUACCUCACCAAGGCAGGCAAGUUCCAGGUGCGCACAUAACGUAAAGCCCAUCAUAUUCCUGCACGGAGAAGAGGACAACAUUCAGAUCCUGUGUUACCUGUGGCACCAUACUUCAUACCUGAGCAGGAAUGUUAUCUGAUUUAAACCAGAAAAUGCCAAAAGAGAGAACUAUGCUAUUUCAGGAUCCCAUAGACAUUAUGCAGUGCUGAAAUAUUGUGUUACAGCCAAAAAAAUGGUACCAAAUAUUCUGUAGCAGAGAAAGCAGGCUUCUCCUUAUAGCAGUCUGUCUGCCGAGGGCAGCAAAUUUACAUUGAAGUGCCUGUAGCUAGAAAACUGCCCGAAGCUACAACUGCUGUACUUGUAUUACAAGUUUUUCAGAGCCUGCUGUGUACAAGAAACACACCUUUCUUCUUUUCAAAUGUCAGAUUGCAAGUAGAAACUUGCGUAGCGUACUUGGUUUCAGAUCUGUCAAACCUGAGGUUGGUGUAGAUUAAAUCAUUUGAAGCACUUGAUUCCUAUUGUGCAUUACCUGAUUUUGUUUAACCCGGUGAAGGACCAAAGUUUUAGAGCGAUAACCUCAGCAAGGUUUCCUAGAACUACUCUUACUCUAAAUAGGGGGCUCAAAGCCAAAACUGUGUUCAUUGCACAGAACGUUGAACUUGAAAUGGUUAAAAAGCAAAUUACUGA